AUGACGAUAAGCACGGUGGUGUGUAUGGAUUAUCCACAACAAGCUGGUGGUUACCCGCCAUCUGGACCCGGUGGUUAUCCGCCACCUGGUGCUUACCCGCAGCAAGGAGGUUACCCGGGGUAUCCGCCACCGCAACAGGGUGGAUAUCCGGGUUAUCCGCCACAGGGUCCAUACGGUUACCCGCAACAGCAAGGGUAUCCGCCUCAGGGUCCAUAUGGAUACCCGCAACAACAGGCUUAUGGUAAACCGCAGAAACCGAAGAAGAGUGGUAAGGCUGGAAUGGGACUAGGUCUUGGGCUUGGAGCUGGUUUGUUGGGUGGGUUGCUUGUUGGUGAAGCUGUUUCUGACAUUGCUGAUAUGGGUGAUAUGGGUGACAUGGGUGGUGAUUUCGACUUCUGA